GGGGUCACUGAAAAUCCAGCGCCCCGAGAGGAAGGAGCAGAGUGUGCAGCUGUUAGCGGGGUUGCGCUUUCCUACUGAAAUAUUUCAUAUAGUGUUAGCUUAAAGUUGUCGAGUCUCAAUACUGUUUCCGGAUUAGCGGUUGAGUAGGGGAUGCUGGGUGUGUCAGAAAUGACGGGCAGCAGCAAUAUGGCCAAUGCCCUGGCGAAUGCCGCAUGCGAGCGUUGUAAAAGCGGCUUUGCCCCAGCCGAGAAGAUCGUCAACAGUAACGGUGAGCUGUACCACGAGCAGUGUUUCGUGUGUGCCCAGUGCUUCCAGCAGUUUCCGGAGGGACUGUUUUACGAGUUUGAAGGCAGGAAGUACUGCGAGCACGAUUUCCAAAUGUUGUUUGCCCCUUGCUGUCACCAGUGUGGUGAGUUCAUCAUUGGCCGUGUGAUUAAAGCCAUGAACAACAGCUGGCACCCUGACUGCUUCUGCUGCGAUAUUUGCCAGGCAGUGUUGGCUGAUGUUGGAUUUGUCAAAAACGCUGGCCGUCAUCUGUGUCGUCCAUGUCAUAAUCGGGAGAAGGCUCGCGGGCUUGGGAAGUACAUUUGUCAGAAGUGCCAUGCCAUCAUUGAUGAGCAGCCUCUCAUCUUUAAGAACGAUCCCUACCAUCCGGAUCACUUCAACUGCAGCAACUGUGGUAAGGAGUUGACUGCUGAUGCUCGGGAGCUGAAAGGAGAGCUGUACUGUCUCCCCUGCCAUGAUAAAAUGGGCGUGCCGAUCUGCGGCGCCUGCAGGAGGCCUAUCGAAGGCCGUGUGGUCAAUGCCAUGGGCAAACAGUGGCAUGUUGAGCAUUUUGUGUGUGCCAAGUGUGAGAAGCCCUUCCUGGGUCAUCGCCAUUAUGAAAGAAAAGGACUGGCAUACUGCGAGACUCACUACAACCAGCUUUUUGGUGACGUCUGCUACCACUGCAAUCGAGUGAUCGAAGGAGAUGUUGUGUCUGCUCUGAACAAAGCCUGGUGUGUCAACUGCUUCUCUUGUUCUACCUGUAACACCAAACUCACCCUGAAGAACAAGUUUGUGGAGUUUGACAUGAAGCCUGUGUGUAAGAAAUGCUAUGAGAAAUUUCCCCUGGAGCUAAAGAAGAGGCUGAAGAAGCUGGCUGAAACUGUAGCCCGCAAGUAGACUUGGACACCGGCAGGGGCACUGGAGACUCGGCGAACUUUCCUGUGCUUCAUGGAAUGGAGAACUAUGCAUUUCUGUAGCCUUCAUAUCCUCUCGCAUUGCUACUCAGUGGUGUUGGUUGUAUUAGUUCAGUACUCAGUAUUAUUCUUAUAUUUGAGGAAAGCCCAGUGAAUGAGGUAAACGUGCUUCACUUAUUGCUGCAUAUUUCGGAUCACAGUGCCUCUUCAUUUAUUACAAUUCAGGAACCAAAAGGCUUCAUUUCAUAGAAAUGUAUGAAAAAUUUUAUUCCAUAUAUGCAACAAGAACGCUAUGCUUCACAAUAAUCAGUAUGCGAUCUAACGUGCAGUUUACAUGCUAGAAUAGCUUGAUGGAUUGAAUCGGCCGAACAGGAUACACUGCUUUUACUUAUAGCCAAAGCUGUUUGCCUUGUAAUGUAAUCCUAUAUUAUGUAAUGGAAUGUUCUGUGGAAAACGGGUAAUGAAAACCCCGUUUUAGACGUCUUACUUUACAGGAUCUUAAAUAUGUAUCAAGCUCUCAAACACUUACCAUCAUAUGCUCAUUUAUUUUUAUAAUACAGUAGGUUUGUGUUUUAAGUUUGGCAUAUUUCAAGUUGUAAUAUAUUAAAUAUGCACAAUGUUUGAACUGAUCAUGGGGUCCAGAUUAACGAGGACUUUAAAAAGGUCCUGUAAAAAUCAUACAUGCGUGUUCCUGAUGCUUCUUGGUAUCAUAAAUGCAUCAUGACCAUGGGGUAGAAAAGUUUAAUUGGAUCGAAUCCAUUUGAAUUGAAAUGAGUUAUGCAGCUGAAUGAAUUGACGUGCUGUAUCUUUUUUUUUUUUUUUUUUAGCCCCCACAAAAAAAAACCCAAACAACUCAUGUAUGAGGAUUUUAUAAUUUAAGGGUGUUAUUUCCUAGACUUUUCACAGCAAAAUCUGGCACAUCAAAGGGACCAGCUACAUUUUUAGUCAUUUCCCUUUUAUUAUUGGGGGGGGGUCCAUCAGUGACUUAUUACACAGAAUAAAAUUAACUAUGUCAUUACAUCUGAGCAUUAUAUGCAACUAUAUUCAUCUUAUUUAUGCUGUUCCAUUUCAUUAUAUCUCUAAUGUGCUGAUUAAUGCUUUAAACAUUAUGCAAAUAAAAUAUGCACUUGUGAUUUA